AUGCUAAAAUCAACAUACGCUCCUCCGCCGCCUCUUCCCCCAGGGUGGUCAGAACACCGAGCACCUUCAGGCCAUUUAUACUACUACAAUGCUGCAACAAAACAGUCGACAUACAAAAGACCACAAGCGCAAGAUUCGCAAUCUGCGCAACCUGCGCAACCGCCUGCGCCGCCGACCGCAGUACCUUCGCAGUCACUCCCGUUCUAUUCGCCUGAAACAUUACCACCAUUUUCGUCGACGCCAUACGGACCGGCAGGUUAUGCACCAGGUGCUACGCAAUACGACAUACACCAACAACAAGGGCAGGGACGCGGCGGCUUCCGUGGUGGAAGAAGCUACCAUGAUCGCGGACGGCGUGAGCCCCAAGACAGGCCAAAGUCCAAGCACCCAAUUCCGAAUUGCGCGCCAUGGGUUCUAGUAAAGACCAAACUCGGCAGGCGAUUUGUGCAUAAUCCGGGAACCAACGAGAGUUUUUGGAAAUUUCCAGAAGAGGUUCUCAAAGGCGUAGUUGAAUACGACCGCCUCGAGCGCGAGAAGAAGGAGAGAAGAGAGCGAGGCGAGAAAUCAGAGGAGCCUGAGGAGAGCACCCAAGAUGCUGCAGAGGCACCGUCAACAUCGCGAUCAGAGCGUGAGGAUGUGGCGCACGACAAUCUCUACGCCGGAGCCGACGAUAGCGAUGAGUAUGAGGAGGUUGAAGUCACCGACGACGAAGGCGAAGAGGAAGAGGAGGAGGGCAAAUUGUCGAAGCGUGCACGCACAGAAAGCCCUGGAAGACAGGACCAGCCAUUGGAAUUUACCGAAGAGGAUAUGGAAUACCAGCUUGCGGCGAUGGGGGAAGACUACGGACUAGACCCAGGCGAGUACGGCGAGCCUGGAGAGGAUUGGGAAGAGGGCGCAGAAGGGCUUCCAUUAACAGACGCCGAUGCCGAAGCUCUAUUCCGGGAUCUGCUCGACGAUUACCAUAUCAAUCCUUUCUCAACGUGGGAGAAAAUUCUUGAAGAAGGCCGCAUCAUUGAAGACUCAAGAUAUACCGCUCCUUCAAACAUGAAGACUCGCCGCGAGAUCUUCUCUAGUUGGAGCAGGGACCGGAUCAAGGACGUCCAAGCACAGAAAGAAAAGCAGGAGAAGCAGGAUCCUCGAAUUAAAUACUUGGCUUUCCUCCAGGAAUAUGCAACGCCCAAGCUGUACUGGCCUGAAUUCAAGCGAAAAUAUCGAAAAGAGGCGGAGAUGAAGGACUCGAGUCUUUCGGACAAAGACCGGGAAAAGCUCUACCGUGAAUAUAUUUCCAAGCUCAAGCUCCCCGAAAGCACCCGCAAGUCAGAUCUUUCGACACUUCUCAAAUCGGCUCCAUUACACGCCUUGAAUCGCUCCUCGAAGCUCGAGGCCCUUCCGUCCAUGAUCAUUACCGAUAUUCGAUACAUCGCUCUUUCAACAAAGGCCCGCAAUCCCUUGAUUGAGGCAUUCAUAUCUACCUUGCCUCCUCCACCUGAGGAACAGAUGACUGCAGAGCAGCAAGAAGAGUAUGAUCGAAAGCAGCGAGAACGAGAGAAGCGCGAAAAGGCCCUUGCGGACCGAGAAAAACGGGUUGAAGCAGAUAAGCGACGACAGCGCAGCGACCUCGUUCGUGGUAAGCACCUCUUACGAGAAGGGGAGGCUGAGAUCGCGGAGGCCAUGAAGGUUCGGAAAGAUGGCCUUCGUGGUUAUAUGGAAGUUGAUGAACCCCCAGCCAAAGGACAAGAGAAUCUCAGCAACGAAUGA